CCUACAAAAAAAUUUCAUACAAAAACAUCCCGGAACACUCAAUUCUAUCAUUCAUGUCAAAUUCCUCCAUUUCUUGUUUCAUCACAAUCAAAACUAUGAUUUUCUUCUUCCUGUUCUACAUACUUCUUCUCACUCCACAAGCAAAUGCAUCACAUUGCACUACAAUCACUGCCGCUAAAACCUACCAAAAAUGCAUGACCCUUCCUACCCAACAAGCCUCAAUUGCAUGGACAUUCCACCAUCAUAAUUCCACUCUUGAACUCGUCUUUUUCGGCUCUUUCAUCUCACCUUCCGGUUGGGUUGGUUAUGGUAUCAAUCCAACCUCUGCUGAAAUGACUGGAACUCGUGCACUUGUCGCAUUUCCUGAUCCAACCUCUGGUUCCAUUGUAGUUCUAACUUACAUUCUAGACCCAACAGUGAAACUUCAACGAUCCGCAUUACUUUCUCGUCCACUAGAUAUUCAUGUUGUUUCUUCUUCUGCUACUCUUUAUGGUGGCCGAGUGGGAUCAGAAGAAUCAGUCCAUAGCGGUGCUGCUGUACAAAUUUUCACCACUCUGAAACUUAGUCCCAACAAGACAAAAAUCAAUCUGGUUUGGAAUCGUGGCCUUUAUGUUCAAGGCUACUCUCCUACUAUUCAUCCAACGACUGUUUCCGACCUUUCAUCAGUUGCCACCAUUGAUAUCUUAUCAGGUUUUAGUGCAGGAGGAGUACAUAACAAUAUUAAGACAUUGAAAAUUACUCAUGGGAUCUUGAAUGCUGUUUCAUGGGGAUUUUUACUUCCAAUUGGAGCUAUCACUGCUCGAUACUUCAGGAAUAUACAAUCCGUAGGAGUAAUUUGGUUUUAUGCACACGCAGGAAUUCAACUCACAGCAUUUGUGCUUGGGGCAAUUGGAUUUGCCAUUGGUGUUCGACUAGGAGAACUAUCACCGGGUGUUGUUUAUGGGCUUCAUCGAAAACUUGGAUUUGCAGCAUUUUGUUUAGGAGGAUUGCAAACUAUGGCACUGUUAUUUCGUCCUAAAACAACUCACAAGUUUCGAAAAUAUUGGAAGUCCUAUCAUCAUUUUGUAGGGUAUGCUUGUGUUGUGUUAGGAGUAGUGAAUGUUUUUCAAGGGUUUGAAGUGAUGGGCUUAAGCAGAUCUUAUGCUAAAUUAGGAUAUUGCUUAGCUUUGUCUAGUACAAUUGGUGUUUGCAUAGCUAUGGAAGUGAAUGGUUGGGUGAUUUUUUGUAGGAAAGCCAAGGAAGAGAAAAUGAAAAGAGAUGCAUUAGUAGGAGGUUUUGAGAAAGGAAGUACUAGUAGCGCUAAUAAUAAUUAAAUGGGUAAAUCAAUUACUGAUGUGGUGAGUCGACUGUUCAUUUGAGUCAGCUCAAAUGUUUUGUGAUUCUGCUGGGCCUGAUCUAGCCCAAACUUAAUUUAUUUAAGAUUUUUAAACCUUA